AAACCCGUUUCCUGGGGAAGUCUGGAGUCAACGAUCUACAAGCAAAAUGGCUAUAUAAGUCCAGUUCAGAUUGACCGGUACAUCAUUAUUUGCAAACCAUCCUUUCGAAACACAGUCGAAGCUUUUUAUUCAUUUUCAAAGAUGAAGUUGUUCGUGGCCCUUUGCUUCGUGACGCUAGUUGCCUACUCCUCGGCUCGUCCCAACGGCUCGUACACCGACAGAUACGACAAUCUGGACCUGGACGAGAUCCUCAACAACUCGCGGCUGAGGGUGCCCUACGUCAAGUGUCUGCUCGGCAAGGGCAAGUGCUCGCCUGAUGGCAAGGAACUCAAAUCACACGUCCGAGAGGCGCUAGAGAACCAAUGCGGCAAGUGCACGCCCGCGCAGCAGGCCGGCACGCGCAAGGUGAUUGGCUACCUCAUCAACAACGAGGCCGGCUAUUGGCAGGAGCUCGUCGCCCUCUACGACCCCCAGCGCAAGUACGUCAAGCAGUACGAGACCGAGCUCAGGAAGGUCUCUGGUUAAGUAGAGAGAAGCAGGACUGAAUCAGACUGAAACAUACUCAUACUCAUGUGAUUGGAGAUUAGAUUUAAGUAGGAAAAUAAAUAUUUUUAAAUCCUA